CAUGAUGAUGAUGAUAAUGAUAGAUCUCUAUCCAUAGAGCAUAUUCCCUUCGAUCUAAUGGGCGAGAUAUUCUCAAGACUGCCUGCGAAAUCGAUUGGGAGGUCUCGCUCUGUCUCUAAGCUAUGUUGGUCGCUGACGCUAGCGACCAGCAAACGAACAGGGCCCACCACUCCAAGUUUCAUCAACUUAUUCGCUGCUAGGUCAUCGGCAUCAUCACAGCCUUGUGCUCUGCUAAUCUUCAUUAAGCACGACAAGCUAUUUGUUUUCUCCUCUCCUCAAGCAGAGAGUUAUCAAUUUACAAUCCCCCACGAUGGUUUCCUUCAGCGCUAUGAUUCCGUCCAGGGCUUGAUUUACUUGGAAACUUCUACGCAGAUUAUGAUCUGGAACCCAACCAUGAAACAAUUCUUCACUUGACCUGAACCUGAAGCCCGGGAGGGCAAAUACAUCACAGGAUCUUUGGGAUAUGAUCCUAUUGACUGUAAAUACAAAGCACUAUGCCAUCUUACAGGAGACAAGAUUGGGAUUCUUACAUUGGGAUCGCAGGAGUCAUGGAGAAUACUAUCCUAAGGUGUUCCAAGUCAUUAUCAGCGUAUGACAGAUUCUGUGAUAUGCAUUAAUGGAGUCAUAUACUAUCAAUGUUUUUCUGGUCUUUCUCUGGCUCAUGCCAUAAUGAGCUUUGAUGUCAGGUCUGAAAAGUUCCAUUUGAUAAAAUAUCCGUCCAGGGAUGAUUGUUUUCUCGUAUCUUAUGAGGGAAGACUAGCUUUGAUGCUAAGCUCCAAUGGCUGCUCUGGUAUUGAAUUGUGGAUCUUGUUGAAUGCACAAAAUCACGAAUGGGUAUACAAACACUUUCCUACACCUUAUCUUCGUCAGGUAGUUUGGGUUUUAAGGGAUAUGAGAUUGAAGGGUGUUACUGACGCGGGUGAGUUUAUCUACUUUUAUUCACCAUUCUCUAUUUAUAGACGUCGUACGGACCUUAUUCACCUAAGUUCUGAAGGACGGAGUGGGUUUAGAGUUAUAUAUUUUGAUCCGAAGAAAAACAGUUCAAGAGACGUUAAGUUUCCAGGAAUUGCAAUUGACAAUUUAAAGCGACUUCGUGUACCUGGAAUCGAUCUUAUGAAAGACUUAACUGUUGUACCAAAUCACAUUGAGAGUCUCAUGUCGUUGUAACAACUGGUUUGCGUUUUUUCUUAGACUGACACUUUAUGUAACAUAUCAUAUGAAUAACAACGAAUCAACAUUUUGCUUUCAUAUAUAAAACAAUACGUCCUUGUAUAGUCAUUGGGGAAGUCCACUUGAGUUCGUCUAAGCAACCUCCUGAUACCCUUUCACCGGAUUCUGAUAUGAAUGAUACUGUAUAUUUCUUUGUAAAAGUACUGAAUACAAUACUCUGCACAAAUACACUUAACAAAGCCUAAAGGAUAGAGACUAUCUCUAAACCUCCCCUUACACUUUAGUUAAAGCCAACCCACAUUAUUCACUGUAGCUUGCUUUGAUAUAGUAGCAAAGCUAACCCAACUGACGAACAGACUCCUAACGGCCCAGUAACUGACUAACUGACAAGUCAAUAUUCUCUUCUUUUUCCAAAAUCGUUCUCUUCUCCUUAUCUAACUCAUGUUCUGUCUCUCAAUCACUUCCUCACAUACCUUCUCCAAGGUUUACCAGAUUCCUAUUUCCUACUAGUGUCAGCAAAAAAUGGGUUAAGCAUAAUGGCGGGGGCAGACCCACACUAUGGUUAGAAUAAGGAGGAAAUGGAAUAAACAUGAAAGUUUCAUGCAUCUAGCUAGAAUCUCUGAAUAAUGCCUCAAUCAGUUUGAGUUCUUUAGCUACUUGGAUCAUAUUUGGUCUGUAUUCAUCUCUCUCAUUGCAGCAUCUCAAAGCCAGCACAAGACACAUUUCCACCUGCGAUUUCUGGACACUUGUGAUGUCUUUAGCAAUCACUGGAUCAAUUACUUCGUUCACUUCCCCAUCCUCCCACAACCCUUUCACAUAGCUACGAAUACCUUGAGAAUA